AUGAUGUGGUUAUGCUUCAGGGCAGGGUUAUAAACCAUAACUUCACAUUGUGGUAUAUGAAUAUAUAUUAGGGAUGCUCAAAUUUCCGUUAAAAAUCGUGUCUUAAGUCGAUAUGUGUUUGGCUAGCACGACUGAAUCCCGCCGCUAACCUUCCGUGUCGUGUAGCGUCUUGCCCUAAUGAACAUCUUUGGCAGUGUCGUCCUCACACUUUCCCCCAAAAUCAAUCAAGUCUGCCGUGUGGAAGCCAACUACCAGCACACGCGAACACCAAAACUAUAUCCCGCGGGAGUAAAAGGUGUUAAUACGGCUUUUGAACAACAUUUGCCGGAUUAUAUGGUGAGUUUCGGCGGGCUAAAUGAUAGCUAACGCCACCGUGUGGCUAACAAACCGCUAAGCUAGUAACCCGGAAACAAUUCAGCGGUGGAAGUUUGCUAAAGUCUCUUAAGGCGUCUUUAUCUCCUGAAACUUUCACCACUCGUCAUAAUAAAAGACACAGGAACUGACACAACACCAAGAAGCUGAAAUGUGAUUGGACGAAAAAUGUUGCAUCCACUACAGGAGGGACUGCAGGCAGGAAAUACACUACAAAGUGAAGAUCUUUCAAGGCAAACAGACUAUAGUGUAAAUCCCAGGACAGAUGAAAAUAUGGAAAUUGGCACGGGUUGCCAGUUUGUUUCUCCUCCUGCUUGGGACUCCUAACAUAAUCCAUAUGAUGUCGGACUGUCCAGGCGUGUGGCGUCCUGUCCUUGAGGCUCCUCCCCCGGCACAUUUGCUACCACAGUCUGGCAGAAGAUCUUCUGAGGUCCAGUCCAGAUGCACCCCCAGCAGACCGGAAUUGUGUGUACUUAUGACGGCAGCUUGACGUGGCAGGGAAAGACAACCUGUUGCUCGCUGGUCUUCCCAGUCAUUCAUACUAGCGACAGAGGAGCAUAGCCUGCCUGCCUGUAUGGACGCCGCUAGUGAUGGACUCCCCUUCGUGACACCUUCAGCCUUUUUCUUGACAUCUCACCGGAGAAAGGAUUCCAAUUUGAAGCAUCCAAAGGACGAAGUUUAUACCGUAAAGGUGCGUUGGAGACUGCUUGGAUAUUUUUGUCUCUUCCAUCACGGCGACGCAGCGAGCCGAUUGCUCACAACAAAGGAAGUUGACGAGACAACCAAAAGAAUUUGCGGCUGCCAGAAUGUUCCAGAAUUACAAUGACUUGAUUUCUCGCCAUCCAUGUUUUUGGCGCUGAACGUACGCUGGGUUGCAGCCCCCGCCGCCGUCCAUCGAGCGUCCAUAUAUGCGAUAAAUUAGAGCUUCGACUUUCAAGCACUCUGGAGCUGAGGAAUUAAAACCAAGAGUAUGGUCCAGUGGUCCGCCUCAGUCCGCCUGCUGGGAGGCCUUUUGGGCCUGUUUCUUCUCGUGCCUGUUCUGAUGGCCCCGACCCCCCCGAGCAUGUGCACCCCUUUGAGGACCAUCAAUGACAGUCUCAGCCACAGGCGACGCUACAUGAAGCACAACUUCCCUGUCAACUACACCAUCAGGAUUCACCACGAGGAAGUUUUUAAACUAUCAACCAUCAGCAAAAUGAGGUUACAGACGGAGGAGUUAGAUGAACUGGUCCUCCAGAGGAUGUGGUUCCUUGUUAACCAAGGCGUGUUAAAAAAGAUUCGCCGAGUCCUGCCAGAGAGACAUCCUUCCCGUCCCUACACGGCCGAGUUGGAAUGGCGGUUGAGAGACGCCGAGGGCGUCUUUGUUCAUUUGCAUCCCGCUGAGGUGUUCCAGCAGGAGCUUCCAGAUGCAAUCCAGGACAUUUGGGACCGCUUAACAGAAGAGCCGGACAGAGUGCCAGAGACUAGCUGGAGGUUUGAGUCUCCAAAAUCUCUCCUGGACAAUUUCUGUCACACCAUGCACUGCCUCUUCAGCGACUGCUUUGAAGCCACAGAAACAACGGAAUCUCAUUGUCGGAGAAGCAGGAAGAAAGCCUCCAGGGCGAAAAGCUGAGAGAACGCCAAGCAAGGGUGAGGUCGUCGCUCUUCAUACUAAAUAAGUAUUAUUUCCCGUGACCUUGAAGGGGAGCGCGAAGGACAAAAAAGGUCUGGUUCUGAUUUGUAAACAUCAACAAGUCUUUUCUCCGAGUCCAUCUGGAUGAGAUGAUGAAGGUUCCUCUGAGAAGCGGACUAGAUCUAGAUCGAUGCUCGGGAAGAGAUUUGUUCCAAGUCGUGUAGCGUUCCAAAAACCCAAAAAAACGUGAUUGUAUUGAACGUGUCCCUUGUCGCUUUGCUAUCGGAAUUCCACAUCUUCCCUUUUUCACGUUUUUUUGGAAAAUAUAUGAAUAAAUAACUUUUUUUUGUCGUUGAACGCAGCCUGUUAUUAGUCAAAUUUGAAGCAAAGUAUUUUUUUGCAUAAAUUAUUUUUUUUUUUUAAUUUUUAAUGAUUAAUUUUCAAACUAAAUGAAGUCAAUAACAAAUAUAAGACGCAUUGAGAUGCUGUGAAAUGAUAUGUAGUAUUCUACACUGGUCACUAGGUGUCAGUAAUGUUACUGUAAUGUAAAAAAAAAAAAAUUAAAAAAAAAACAUUCACAUUCAUACCUAUGGACAAUUUUGGUCUCCGCGCUAACCACUCGACCACCGUGCAACCAAUACCAACAACUUGUAAUUUGCUCAUCAAAAUGAAAUUCUAAAGUCAAUUUCUUUCUUUCUUUGAAAGGACUCAACAGGAACAAUAACCCCCCCCCCAAAAAAAAAAACAAAACCUCAACCCUGAAAAACCGAUACCCCGUCAUGAAUAACAUUUACAGCAACACCCAUGAGUCUUAUUUAUGUCUUAAAUGACUUAUUUACUCUUAUUAUGUCUGCUAUAUUGGGUAAUACCAAUGUAAAUGUUAUUAUAGGGGUGCUAUUUCAUGUCUACAGGGCUCUAAAAUUGUCAAAAAUUGUAUUUAGGAGGCCGUAAAAUGGGUUCCUGUGCUCUAAAUAUGAGAAUAUAUAAUAAAUAAAUAGGGAAUCCUACUUUUCAGGUUUUCUAAAAACAAAAAAAAAACACAAAAAAAACGCAUUUAUUAAAAACAAUUUAUUUUUAAAAACUUGGCUUUGGUUCCAAAUAUUUUACUUUUUAUUUUUCUACACAAAAUAAAUAAAAAUAAAUAAAUAAACAAAUCAAGAAUAAAGAAAAUCAAUCAGUAAUAAAUAAAUAUAAUAAUAAUAAUAAUAAAAACUUAAGAAACCACAUAUAGUUGGUGGGUAGACAAAUUAUUUUUUUCACAUUAAAAUGAACAAAGCAUUAUUAGAGCCCUGUAGACAUGACAAAACACGACUAUAGUCACAUUUAUACUUUUUUAUUUACAACAUAUUGCGCAACUGCAGCGUCUUUAGCCACAUGCUAACUCGCAAACUAGACCGCUAGCGACCUAAACGGUAGCCUUCAAGUUAUUUCCUUUCAACUUAAAUAGCCAAAAACUUACCACUUCCACACGGAUAGGGAGGAUAACUAUUAACAGUUAUUUAACCUUUAACAUGAACAUUAAUAAAAACGUAAUAAUUUUUUUCUGGGUACAUGAUACCAUACAGCAUACAUAUCAAACUUGCACGCCUCAAAGUAGUGUCCUGCGGGCCGUAUUUGGCCCGCGGGUCGCGUGUUUGAGACCCCUGAUUUACAACAUAUUGCGUAACUGCAAGGUCCUGAGACACAUGCUAACUCGCAAACUAGCGCGCUAGCGACCUAAACGGUAGCCUUCGAGUUAUUUCCUUUCAACCUAAAUAGCCCAAAAACUUACCACUUCCACACGGAUAGGGAGGAUAACUAUUAACAGUUAUUUAACCUUUAACAUGAACAUUAAUAAAAACGUAAUAAUUUUUUCUGGGUACAUGAUACCAUACAGCAUCCGUAUCAAACAUUAAACUUUCAUAUCAAAGCGGGGGGCCUCAAAUUAGUGUGCUGCGUACCACAUUUGGCCCGCGGGCCGCAUGUUUGAGACCCAAUUUUUACUUUUUUUUUUCAUUUUUUUUUUGAGACAUACAUUUUUUAAUUUUCCAAAGUCAAGCUCAAGUCAAUUAUCUUGUCCCAAAACCCGCAAAAAUAAAAGCUCUGCUUUCACGGCUGACUAAGGAAUUAAUAAAAUAUUCCCAUUUUAGAGCCAUGUGACUUUUUAGGGGGGGUCUAUCUAUGCAGACGUUAGCAACAACGUUUUUUUUUUGCCAAAGUGGGUUUGAAUCGUAGUCACUCGGUCGGGGGAACAUAAUACUUUCUUCUUGCACAUUAGUUUUUUUUUUUCCUCUUAAGGCCCCUUAUUUUGCAAGCUGCUGCAAAUUCACUCGUUUAAUGAAAUCCUGGCUUGCUGGUUUAGUCAGUCUGUGGUGUUCAGUUCUUCUUCCAAUACUUUGCAUUGGCCUAUUGGGGUCAGGGGGGGGGGGGGGGGGUUAGAAAUGAAAUGUGAUAUCACGCUUCAGGUUGCUUGUCACGGGAAUCAUUUGUGAAAGCUUACUAAAAGCCUAACGGCUCCCAGUUUGCCUUGCUACCUACGUACAUAUUCCAUGUAUUUCCAAGCCUUUAAACGUGUCGCUCUUCAACUGGGAGAACGACAAAUUGUCCAAUACUCGGGAAUUGGGUCGAGCCUCGGGUUUGGAAGGCGCUCGUUCAUAUUUGUCAUGACAUGUUUUACAACAACAAUAUUUACCAGGUCGUUAACAUUUGUCCAAUAUUUUCUAUUGCUGUAAAUGAAGCCUUAUUUUUGCUCACAUUAUCAAUCUAAAGCAGGGGUGUCCAAAGUGCAGCCCAGGGGCCAAUUACGUGUCAUUUCAAGAAAACUAUUCUAAAACUAAAUCUGCAUAUAACGAAAACUUUUUAUUAUGAGGACCAAUCAUGUCUUUUUAGGAUCAAAGUUGCAAUUUUUGGAAAAUUAGGUUGCAGAAAAAGUUUGAAUCUUACAAAAAUCAACUCAAAAUAUUUUAGGAAAAAAGCCAUAAAUAAUUAGAGAGGUAUAAAAUUUGAGAAAAACAUCAAAAAUUGCUGUCAUAAUAUUAAGAGAAGAAAAGUCCUAUUCUAACAAGGAAAAAGUUCUACAAUUCUACAAAAAUAAACUUUUUUUUAUAUUUUAAAGAAAAACACUCAUUUUAUUUUUUUCUAAUUUUUCAACAAAAAUAAACUUGCAAUUUUUGUAAAAUUAGAUGGCAGAAAAAAGUUUGAAUGUUACAAAAAUCAACUCAAAAUAUUUUAGGAAUAAUGCCAUAAAUAAUUAGAGUUAAAAAAAUUUGAAAAAACAUCAAAAAUAGGCGGAAAAUUGCUGUCAUAAUAUUAAGAGAAGAAAAGUCAGAUUCUAAAAAUAAAAAAGUUGCAAUUCUACAAAAAUAAACUUGUAAUAUUUGUAAAAUUAGGUUGCGGAAAAAGUUUGAA